AACCGCGGUUCUCCUGACUUCACUCCGGCGGCGGCUAAGGCCGUUGAUGCCUCAGCCGCCGCCGCUGCUGCCGUUGCUCCUGUUGAUGAGGAGGAGGUGACGGUAGUGGUGGAAAAUGAAAAUCCGGCUUGUGAUGAUCGAAAUGUACAGAUUGAGGAGUUGACACGCGGAAAAUAUUCUUCGUUUUUGAGUUCUGAUGGAAGUAUCGCUAUACAUGCCGGUGAGAGGUUAGGACGUGGUAUUGUUACUGAUGCAAUAACUACUCCAGUGGUUAAUACGUCUGCUUAUUUCUUCAAGAAGACUUCUGAGCUCAUUGAUUUCAAGGAGAAAAGACAUGCAAGUUUUGAGUAUGGUCGCUAUGGAAACCCCACUACUGUUGUUGCAGAGGAGAAGAUAAGUGCACUGGAGGGUGCUGAAUCAACCUUGUUAAUGGCAUCUGGAAUGUGUGCGAGUACUGUAAUGUUGUUGGCAUUGGUUCCUGCUGGUGGACAUAUUGUUACAACAACAGAUUGCUACAGAAAGACCCGGAUAUUUAUUGAGACAAUAUUGCCUAAAAUGGGAAUCACGGCCACAGUCAUUGACCCAGCUGAUAUUGGAGCUCUAGAGUCGGUCCUAAAGCAGAAGAAAGUGACUCUUUUCUUUACCGAGUCUCCAACAAAUCCAUUUCUGAGAUGUGUUGACAUUGAGCUGGUAUCAAAGCUUUGCCAUGAAAAUGGAGCAUUGGUUUGCAUAGAUGGGACGUUUGCAACUCCUCUUAACCAAAAGGCCCUUGCUCUAGGGGCUGACCUCGUUGUGCACUCUGCAACAAAAUAUAUUGGUGGCCACAACGAUGUUCUUGCAGGUUGCAUUAGUGGACCUGAUAAGUUAGUUUCAGUAGUUCGUAACUUGCAUCAUAUCCUGGGCGGUGCUAUCAAUCCGAAUGCUGCGUAUUUGAUCAUCAGAGGUAUGAAGACGCUGCAUCUUCGUGUACAGCAACAGAACUCAACUGCGCAAAGGAUAGCCGAAAUUUUAGAGGCUCAUCCCAAGGUGAGAUGUGUCUAUUAUCCAGGCUUACAGAGUCAUCCAGAACAUCAGCUGGCAAAGAAACAAAUGACUGGUUUUGGUGGUGUGGUCAGCUUUGAGGUUGAUGGGGAUCUGCUGACUACUGCAAAAUUCAUUGAUGCUCUGAAAAUUCCUUAUAUUGCUCCAUCUUUUGGAGGCUGCGAGAGCAUUGUGGAUCAACCAGCAAUAAUGUCUUACUGGGAUCUUAGCCAGUCAGAUAGAGCAAAGUAUGGGAUCUUGGACAACUUGGUUCGAUUCAGCUUUGGAGUGGAAGACUUUGAAGACUUGAAAGCUGAUAUUCUUCAGGCUCUGGAGGCCAUAUAGACCGUCUUACCUGCAACCUAAUUUUAUUGUUUCCUAUGUGAUCCUUUUUGUUCCCCUAGCUUUGAACGUUUUCAUCUCUAAAUGUUUUUCUCGCUUCCUCAAUUGACAGAAUGUGGUGAAAGGAUCAUUCAGCAGAUGAUCCAAUCUAAUGUGAAAGUGGGAUAUUACUAUUGUUACUGUUUUCUUAUCUUCUUGGAGAAUUGAGUACUUUAAAUGAGUUUUGACUCUAGUAGCAGCAAGUAUAAGAGAAGUAGAUGAAAUUUACAUAAUAAUGCAGAAGUUUGGGA